GGCCCCAUCUCGUUCCGAACCUUUGCCUCGAAGGCUCGGAACCCCGCCCCGUCUAUUUAUUCAUUUUCUUGUCGAUCUGACUCUCAACACUUCGCAUCGUCUACGCGUUCUUGCUUCGUUGAUUGGUCAGAACUAGUCAUCGCCUUUCUUUCGUUGCAGAUAAAGAACAAGGAUCAAAGUCAAACUCGAAAGAUGGAAUUACUCUCUGGAGGAAGAUCAACAUUAAAUCCUAAUGCUCCGAUUUACAUCCCUGCUGCCUUCCGCCAAGUGGAGGACUUUUCUCCAGAAUGGUGGCAGCUGGUAACAACAUUGACAUGGUACCAUGACUAUUGGCUCAGCCAGCAACAGGAUGAGGAAGGUUAUUAUAACAAUGCUGAGGAUGAAUUUGAUAGCAGUGAUGUGCUUGAUUUGCUGCCUGAUACAUUUGAUCUUGACGCUGAUGAGGAUCUUUCUGUGAUGGAAGCUCAGCUUGAGGAAUUCAUUCAAUUUUCCGAGGCUGAAGCGGAAACUCGUCCCAAAACUUUGGUGAAAACGGAGCAUGGAGCAAAGCUCCCAACCGCAUAAGCAAACCUAAGAUGUAGGUACCUGUGAAUUCAAUAACCGGACCGAACUCGCCGUGAUCCAUGAGCUUGCCAGACUUGGGCUGGCGGUCAAUUAAGCUACUUAGUACUCACCAUAUUUUCUGUAGCUUUACCUUUCUGUAACUUCUGUAUAGGCAACGAUCGGACUUUUCAUCUGUCCCUACCUGCUACCCUGCAUUGUUUCCACUGUAUCCUUUGGUGAACAAUGAAGUUCAAAAGGUUGUCAAACAAAUGUGUAUUGCAAUGUAAGGGCUGCAACAAGUGCUAUAGAAAUGUAAACAAAAGAAAAAAAAAAGAAAAAAAAUGACAAAUUGGAGUCCAUUGUGUCACUUA